GCUCCGUGCCAAGGGACGCGGUCGACGCGACGGCCAAGUUCAAGUUGAACCAGCCGAGCGAUUCCGCAGGACCGUUUCGUCGCUCUGUCUCUCUCGCACCCCUAGACAGGGUGGCGAAAUGACUCACCUGCACCGCUCGGCAGCUUCUCUCGCUUCCCUUCUCACCUUGGCUCUGGUUCUUGCUCUGCCACAGGUCUGCUGCCUGGCCUGCCAACAUGCGUCCGCGCCUGCAGUGGUGGGCGGAGGAGGCCGAGUGGCUGGCCGCGCGGCUGGACCGGUGGCUGGCGGCGUGCCAGGGCCUCGGCCACGGCCUCGGCCAGGGCUACAGCAAGCUGCACUCCAGCGACAAGGCCGACAGGCCGGACAGGCCCGGCAGGCCGCCGCGGACGAGGUCUGCACCCGACGCCGCCGCCGUGCCCCGGAGCAACCCGUUGAAGGCAUGCGCCCAGCGGCUGCAGAGCAUCGGGCGCACUGCGCGGCCCGUCGUCGCCGGCACCGCCACCCUGGCCGUCGCCCCUGCAGCACAGUGUGCCGCCAAGGCGUGUUCCAGGCCACGCCGGCGCCAGACGCCUCAGCCGCCCAACACGCCCAACGCGGCCCCGACCGCCAUCGUGUUCGAAAAGUGCCGACCGCGGACCGGGCGCAGCACGUCGCCGUCCAUGCCCGCCGUGGACAUCGUGUACUACCCCUUCCGCGUGGAGAACUGCGUGGUCUGCCGGCAGCUGGGUGCCGCCCCCGCGUCGACGGCCACGUCGCUGGCCGCGGUGCCGUGCCCCCAGGAGGGCUGCUGCGCGCCCUACGUGCCCUCGCCGCAGGAGCGCGCUUCGGGGGCGUCGGGCGCGCUGCUCUUCCGGGACCACGUCGACCAGCCCCAGGAUGACGCCCUGCCUCCGCCACCGCCGCGUCCGAACUGCGGCGAGCGGGAGCCAGUCAUCUCCAUGAGCCAGGACUACAUCGAGGUGCGGUACCAGCCGCCGCCCACGCCCCCGAUGGAGGAGCAGCCGCCGCCGUCGUACCAGGCAGCCAUGCGACGCGCCGCCGUCUUCGACCGCCAGGGCGACAGCGUCAUCGGGGACCUGGCCUUGUUCUCGCCGCGCUUCGCCCGGGCGCCGACGCCGCGGUACAGCGCGUACGUGUACGGCCUGGAGGACGACGAGGAUGACGCGGAGGACACCAUCUACUCCCGCAACGACGUGCCCGCCGUGCUGGAGAGGGAGAUGGCGGCGUGGCAGGCGCCUCGGCCUCGGCCUCAGCACGCCUCCUCGGCGCGCUACCGCAGCCGCAGCAAGUUCUCCAGCGUCAUGUACGAGACGCAGCGCAUGUUCGAGGAGGCCUUCCACGUCUCUGCCGAGGAGGUCCCCGUGGCGGUGCAGCUGCCGUCGCGAGGCCGCCAGGUGGGGCCGAGGCCGUGCGGGCAGGGUGCAGGCAUGACCAGGGCGUGGUCCCUCCACGACCCGCACCGCGGCCCCAGCGCCGCCUCCACCGCGGGGCUGCGCGAGGUGGACAUGCCCCACGGCGGCCUCGGCCCCGGCCUCCGCAGCCUGCUCAGCAUCCGACGGCGGCCCGGGGGCGGCGCGGGGGCGGCGACGGGCCGUCCCUGUGGCGGCGCGGCUGGGGCGCAGGCCUCGGCCAGCGGGGCCAGCACCAGCCGCGGCCGGCAGCAGAAGAAGGUGGUCGUCGGAGAGCGCGGCCUGCGAGGGCCGGUGUGGCCGAGAGUCAUCUUGACGUUCGACCGCGGCGUGACGCCCUACCAGCCCUACCAGGCGCGGUGAACGCGGCGGUGAAGCCCCAGCCCCACCCAUGUGCCUUCAGCUCGGACGGUCCCCGCAUCGUGUGGAAUGCGUCCUCCUCCUCUUCUUCUUCUCAAAGCCGCCGAGCCAAGUCCCUAAACGGCGGACGACGAAUGAAAUUCUUUGCCCCAAGCCACGCCUGAGCAAAGCCAGGGCAAAUCAACGGG